AUUUGGAGUCCGCGCCAAACAACCCCCAGGUUUUACAAUUAAAAUAAAUUUAAAGGCCAAACCGCACCGCACCGCACCAACGCUACCGUACCGCAGAAGCGUCGCUCGCUGACGCCCAAACCCAACAACUGUACACUCUCAUCAAACGUCACCCCUUUUUUUUGUACUUUUCCGAUGGCCAACGGCGGCGACCUCCCAUGCGACGGCGACGGCGUCUGUAUGGUCUGCAACUGCAAGGCGGCGGAAGGGGAGACUGUCACCUGCAAAACGUGCGUCACGCCGUGGCACGCGUCGUGCCUGAGCACGCCGCUGGAAACCCUAGGCGACGCGCGCAACUGGAACUGUCCUGAUUGUUCCGAUCUUGCGACGGUCGCCGAUGUGAAAUCGGCGGUCUCUGGCGGGGGACUGGUGGAGAAGAUCCGUGCGAUUGAGGCGGAUUCGUCGUUGACGGAUCAGGAGAAGGCUGUGCGGCGUCAGGAGCUUUUGGGAGGCGGUGGGAUAGAGGAUGAGGAGGGGAAGAGCGGCGGCGAUGUUUUGGGGAUUUUGGGGGAUCAGUUUAAAUGCUCCAUUUGCAUGCAGCUCUUGGAUAGGCCGGUCUCGACUCCAUGUGGCCACAAUUUCUGUUUGAAGUGCUUUCAGAAGUGGGUUGGAAUUCAGGGAAAGAAGACGUGUGCCAUGUGUAGGAAGUCGAUUCCGCCCAAGAUGGCGAUGGAGCCGCGAAUUAACUCUGCUAUUGUCAUGGCCAUAAGAAUGGCAAAACUUUCCCAUUCUAAUCAUUCAGGUGGUGCCCCAAAAGUAUAUCACGUCAUCCACAAUCAAGAUCGUCCGGAUAAGGCGUUCACAACAACUCGGGCAAAAAAGUCUGGAAAAGCGAAUGCGUGUAGUGGCAAGAUUUUUGUUACAGUACCUCUUGACCAUUUCGGGCCAAUAACGGCUGAAAAUGACCCGACAAGGAAUAGGGGCGUUUGUGUUGGCGACACUUGGGAGGAUAGGAUGGAGUGCCGACAGUGGGGUGCUCAUUUUCCCCAUGUUGCUGGGAUUUGUGGGCAGGCGGAUUGUGGGGCACAAUCUGUUGCACUUUCUGGUGGAUACGUUGACGAUGAGGACCAUGGAGAUUGGUUCCUCUAUACUGGGAGUGGUGGACGAGACCUCAGUGGGAAUAAAAGAACAAACAAGUCGCAGUCGUUUGAUCAAACUUUUGAAAAAUUUAAUGAAGCCUUACGACGCAGCUGCAGAAAAGGAUAUCCAGUCCGGGUCGUGCGGUCGCACAAGGAGAAAAGGUCUUCUUAUGCACCCCAGGAAGGCGUUCGCUAUGAUGGGAUUUACCGGAUUGAGAAAUGCUGGCGCAAGGCUGGAUCAGAGGGCCACAAACUUUGCCGCUAUCUAUUUGUUCGAUGCGAUAAUGAUCCCGCUCCAUGGACGAGCGAUACACUUGGAGAUAUGCCAAGAUCCUCCCUUCCAAAAGUUGCCGAGUUGAAGCAUGCGACUGAUAUUACGGAAAGAAAAGGCGAUCCUUCCUGGGGAUACGAUGAGGAAAAGGGUUGUUGGACGUGGAAGAAGCCUCCGCCUGAGAGCCGGAAAUCAGUCGGUGAUGGUGAGGCUUCUGAAACAGGUACAAAGAGGAGAUCAAAAGCUGGCUAUAAGAAAUCUGUGAAGGAAAGGCUUUUAAGAGAGUUUAGUUGCCUUAUUUGCCGAAAUGUGAUGGUGUCCCCCCUCACUACCCCCUGUGCCCACAACUUCUGUAAGGGCUGUUUGGAAGGUGCUUUUGCGGGGCAGUCCUUUGUUAAAGAGAGGACCUGUGGUGGGACGAGAACUCUCCGGACUCAGAAAAAUAUAAUGAGAUGCCCGACUUGCAAAAAUGAUAUAUCUGAUUACCUCCAAAACCCUCAGGUGAACAGGGAGCUGAUGGGCGUGAUCGAAUCACUUCAGAAACAGAUGGCAGAGGAAAACACGAUCGAGGAAGAAGCCACCGAGAACGGAAAUGGUGAAGGAGACGGAUUGAGCGAAGAAGCUGACGAAAAAAGUAAUUGCGACGAUGCGGAUGCAGAUGCCGAGAUUGACACUGCAAAAGGAGAUGAUGAUGCUGACGAGAAUGUCGAAGAGGCUGACGAAAACAAAGAGUCCCUAAAAGCUGCCGAGGGAAAAGAGAAUGAGAAAACCAACUUAAAGCAAUCCUCACCUGAAGCCAAAACUCCUCGACGCCGCAGAGUGGCUUGCGGCGAAGACGAGAGCAGUCCGAGGAGAUGCUCUAAGCGGCUUAAGGCCGGCAGCCAGGGGUAAUGUAUCCUAAUCCGUACAUUUUAUAUAUUUUUGGGAUUGUCGUUGAUGAUCGGAUUCGGGACUUGGUGUUUUAUUGUAUGCAUGACUGUGAUCUGUGUUGGGAAGGGAAGGGAACUGUGUUUGUAGGUAAUGUUGGUAUGGAUUUUGUGAUAUUAUUGUGAGCCAUUCUAGUUUCUAGAUGUACUCUUUUUUCUUUUCAUUCUAAAAUUAUGGGUAAUGUGUUUAUGUUUGGUGUGAAUUUUAAUAGGUAUUGUAUGUAUACAUAUAUAUAUAUAUAUUUGUGUUUGAUUCAUCUAUCA